CCGCAUUGUAAGAUCAGUGAUCAAGAAACUAAUGAGAAAAACUCAACUGCCAGUUUGAAUGACUUCAGUGAUCCAGUUUACAAAGAAAUUGCUAUGACCAAUGGUUAUAUCAACAGAAUGACCCGAGAAGAGCUCAGAUGUAAACUUGCAGAGUUCAAGCUUGAAACCAGAGGGGUGAAAGAUGUGCUGAAAAAGAGACUAAAAAACUACUAUAAGAAACAGAAGUUGAUGCAGAAGGAGCCCAUUAAUGGAGACAGCUACUAUGACUACAUCUGUGUUGUUGACUUUGAAGCAACAUGUGAAGAAGGAAACCCACCUGAAUUCAUUCAUGAAAUAAUUGAGUUUCCUAUUGUCUUACUGAACACACAUACCCUGGAAAUAGAAGAUACCUUUCAGCAAUAUGUGAAGCCAGAGAUUAAUCCCAAGCUUUCAAACUUCUGCAUCAGUCUGACAGGAAUCACCCAGGACAUUGUUGAUAAAGCUGAUACAUUUAUUCAAGUUCUGCAGAAUGUCAUAGAGUGGAUGAGACAGCGAGAACUGGGAACAAAGUACAGCUAUUCCAUGUUGACAGAUGGAUCUUGGGAUAUGAGUAAAUUUUUGAACACCCAGUGCCGUAUUAGCCGUAUCAAAUACCCUUCUUUUGCCAAAAAGUGGAUCAAUAUUCGCAAAUCAUAUGGAAACUUCUAUAAGGUUCCCAGGAACCAGACCAAGCUGACAAUCAUGCUUGAAAAGCUGGGCAUGAAUUAUGAUGGGAGACCUCACAGUGGACUUGAUGACUCUAAAAACAUUGCAAGGAUAGCUAUAAGGAUGCUGCAGGAUGGCUGUGAACUGCGUGUGAAUGAGAGACUGCAUGCUGGACAGCUUAUGACAGUCUCCUCCUCAGCCCCCUUAGAGGGAGCCCCUGCUCCACUAAUGCCCCGCUACAGAACCUAGCAGGUCAGGGGUUCUGCCUUAGGAAAUGCUCUUAGAUACCUGCUAAAGACUCUUAGCCUUUCAAUGGCCACCUCUGCCAGCCUGUCUGCAGUGCAGAAUUUGGAAGCACCUUAACUAAUCGUCUCAGCUGAAAUAAAGACAUGUGGAAGCUCUUUUUCUCUUUGAAGCCUGUGUUACAGCA